CAUAUUAAACUUAGAUGAAAUAGUAAAUUAGAAACGCCCAAGACCAGAAACCUCGCGUCGACGAUGGGGGCCAUGUUUAUAACUGUUAUCAGCCUUUUCCCCACCGCGAAUGACGCGCGCGCGCCCGCAGCAGCCCUCCGCCUGGAAUUCGGUGAGUAUGGAAGCGAAGGGGCGUGUGACGCAGUCGCUGUCGCCUAAGGCUGCGUUCUGAUUCAGAUCUGGUGCCCGGGCGGCGCUUGACUGCGCGCUGAGCCGGCCUGGCCUCAGUUUCCCUACUUCUAAAUAGGGGAGGCCAUGCUGCCCUGUUUCUUGUUCCUGCCCAAGCACAUCAGCACAUCGUUGGUGUUCCUGCGCAGUGCGCGCCACGGCUUCGCUUUCCUGCCGCGCUGGGUCCCCAGGCUGUCCUCAGAUUACCCGCCCGCCGCCCCCAUCCGCCUGCUGGCCGCAGCCGCCUCUUCCCGGGGGCCGGUGGAUGCCGCUGGCGCCCCCUCCCGGGUGCGCCAGAACUUCCACCCGGACUCCGAGGCCGCCAUUAACCGCCAGAUCAACCUGGAGCUCUAUGCGUCCUACGUGUACUUGUCCAUGGCCUAUUACUUCUCCCGAGAUGACGUGGCCUUGCACAACUUUGCCAGGUAUUUCCUUCGACUGUCCCGGGAGGAGACUGAGCACGCGGAGAAGCUGAUGAGGCUGCAGAACCAGCGGGGAGGACUGAUCUGCUUGCAGGACAUCAAGAAACCGGACCAGAACGACUGGAAGAAUGGGCUGAAUGCCAUGGAGUGUGCUCUGCUCUUGGAAAAGAAUGUGAACCAGUCGUUGCUGGAAUUGCACACUCUGGCAUCAGACAAAGGUGACCCCCAUUUGUGCGAUUUCCUAGAAACCCACUAUCUGAAUGAGCAGGUGAAGUCUAUCAAAGAACUAGGUGACCACGUGAACAACUUGGUUAAGAUGGGGGCCCCCGAGUCUGGUCUGGCAGAGUACCUUUUUGACAAGCAUACCCUUGGAAAUGAAAACAAUCACAACUAACCCAUAGGCUGCCUUCACAAACAAGGUGUGCCAGGACCCAGAGGCAGCUGUUUCCUCCUUUCUUUUUAUAUUCUUCUCUUAUAAUGUCUCAAUAAAGUGAUUUGUAGAGAAAAUGUAUUUAGCUCCAUGUUAACAAUGGCUGUUUGCCCAGCAUCAAGAUGAUUUUCCCAGCCCAGAAUGAGAUGGUAUAAAAAAGACUGCAAAAAAGCUACUGAAAUAGAUGCAAACUAAAUUUUUACAGUUACCAAAUAUUAUUCCAGACCAUGACCCUGCAAUAAAUAUCGAUGAAUUUCAACUCAACAAAUGCCUGUUAUUUUCAAGACAUUAUGUUAAAGGCUAAAGUGGAAACAUGUGCAAGAUAAAUAUGCAAAUAACUAUAGCAAGAUGAAGGAUAUGUAGUACUGCAAAAAUAAUCCGAGCAAAGUUCUGUAACAAGUUUUACCCUUUUCUAAAAGUGCAAUCUGUUUUUGAAGGAUUUUGUGAUCAACCAAAUUCAAGAAAAGCUAAAAAAGUAUAAAUGCUGGAUUUGG